CAGGAUCCUGCUGGCAAUAUGGAAACCUCCUUAGCAGUGCCCUGUGUCUCUGCCAGCUGGGGAAUGUAGCAGCUGAAGGAUGAGCCAGUCUAGAAGCAUAAGGACAAUUGGAGGAAGAUCCAAGACCAUGUACAUCAUCCCUAGUUUGCUGGACUCUUCCUUCAAGUGCCCACCUUUAGGACAAGGGUUCUUCAGCUUCCUUUAACGCACGUGGAGUUUUUCCUAUGCAGCAUCUUGUCUGGCCUGCACUGAGAACACGAAGUCUCAAAAUCCUGGGAAAACAGUACAACUGCAAGCAGUUUGCCAGCCCUCAGGAGUGCCUCUCUGCUCCUGAGUUCCUGGAUCACAUCAGGAAGGUGAUGCUGGUGAUUGAUGCUGCUGUGAGCCACCUGGAGAACUUAUCCUGCCUGGAAGAGUAUCUCUGCAACCUUGGCAAGAAGCACCAGGCAGUUGGUGUGAAGGUUGAGUCUUUCUCGACUGUUGGUGAGUCCUUGCUGUACAUGCUGGAGAAAUGCCUUGGUGCUGCCUUCAACCCAGAGGUACAGGAAGCUUGGAGCAAACUCUACAAUGCUGUGGUGAAAGCCAUGCAACGUGGCUGGGAGACCCUCCCAGAAGGGGACUAGAUCCUGCCAGCCAUCCCUAUCCCUGACCAUGCAGCAGUCCUGAGCAAGGGAGUGUCACACCAAACUCGCUGCCUCUCCCUACCUCUGUCUUUCUGUGUGCACCAGCCCAUGGCUGCCUCUGCCACUCACACGUCCUGAGGGCUCUCACGUGGUUCCACCCUGCUUCAACACGAGCGUGUCUCUGCCUUUGCUAAGGGCUGGCAGGGCAUGUCCCUGCAGCGAAGCCUGGCAGUGCCACAGCACAGGUAUGCCACCCUGCCCCAAGUUCCUUCAGGAACACCAACACCCAUGUACCUACUCUGGGUUUUAACUUGCUCAUCUUCCCUCUUCUUGUAGGUGAGAGCUGGCAUGAGCCUCUUGCCUUAUUUGCCCAAAAUCCUAUUUGCAGUGCUUUCCCUGCCAGGUCUGACACUGCUCGGUCCACCUGCACUGCUGUACCUGUUCAGCUGUGGCAGUGACAGAUUUGGCUCCAUCCAGGUCAAAAGGCAGCAAGAGAGCAAGGCUAGUCACACCAUGUGGUCGUCCUCCAACCUUGCAGCGAGUUUUCCCCCUCUCCCUUCAUCAAUGUAUCAGUACCAGUUGGUUAAUCCUAGUGCUUCUGCCUUGCCUCUGACCUGGAUGGAGUCCCUGGCUUUUCCCUGUGUCAGGUUGGCCACUACCCAGUAGGUUUCUUAGGGAUGCUUCAGGCAGUAUUGCCACAUUAAUCCCAAGGUGAGACUACUUUUGGCAGGGUUAGGCUGCCAGCUGAAAGGCUUUGUGUUGAUUUCACCUGCUGGUUUAACCUUAGAGCCAUCUGAAAUGCAGCAGCAGCAAUGUC